AUGAAUCAAGAAAAUAAACUACCCACAAAUGAUUCUCAUCGAGAGAAAUUUUUGUUUAUGAUCUCACGAAAUAAAUUAGAAAAUAAAAAUGAAGAACAAUCUUCCAUUACUCCCAAAAGACCAUUACUUUCACGGGAUCGUGUUAUGAAUGUAUUCAAUGAUAUAUCUCCUCUUAGCGACAGUAAUUCUCGUUUUGAUCAAACUAAAAAUGUACAUGUAUCAAUAACACCUGCCAAAACAAUAAAAAAUGACCAGUCUCCAAAAUCCAUUAUUCAAAAUCAUGUGUUCAGUAUUAGUCGCGCACAAUCAAAAGUUGUCAACAAUGAUGAUAAUACUCAUAUACCUGUGUAUAUACAAAGAAAAGCUAGACCAGCUCCACUAACAACUUGGAAAGCUCCUAUUCCUAUUCCAAAGUCUUCGACAAUGUUAAAAACAAUUAUAGAAUCAUCCUCAUCAUCGUCAAACAUUCAUGAACUUCUGUUAGCUCCUUCAACAAACUCCUUUCAACCAGCUAUACGGCCACGUAUUCCAUUUAAUCUAUCAUCGGUCAAUACCAUCGAUAAGCAAACGCAUGCAUAUACAAUAUGGCUUAAUGGUUUAUUUACACCUGUAGAAUUCAUGUCUAAUACAACAAUAAGUCAACCAAUAUCCAAUGAACAAACAGCAAAGACACUGAAUUCCUUAGUUGAAUCAAAGCGUUGGCAUACAUUACGUGAUCAUGCACGAGAAAUAUUUAUACGAGAUGUUCAAAGCAUAGCUGCAAAAAUCAGUGCUGAUAUUGAUAUUAGUCAAUGUCGAAUAAAUCCUAAAUCUGAUUUAAGUUUUUCUCCACGAGCUGUUAAUCGGCAAGCAUUAUUCAAUUUUAUAUCAUCUUAUAAUCGAAUAUGGUUUCAUCUAGCAAUGGAAGUUCUUUUUCCAAUAAAUAUUAAAAAUGAUCAACAAAUGAAAUUCGCUAUUGAUCAAUAUUUGCUUCAAUCAACUAAUAAUACAUCAUCAGAAACGAAUACAAAAAAAACAAUACUCAACAAUAAUAAUAAUAAAACUGCUUCAGUACAAAUUCGUUUGACAGUUAAGAACCUAAUGAUAAUAGUAAUAUUUCUUGAACAUGCAAAAUUAUUACGUCUAAUUGAUAAUGAUCCAUGUUUAUAUAAUCGUGAUUCAAAAUUUAAAUCAACAAAAGAAUCCAUUGAUGUUUUAUCACGUGAUUUCAUUAGUUCGGAUACAAAUCUUUUACGUCGUCUUAAAUUAGCUGGUUAUGAACCAACAUAUAAGCAAACAUCACUUGACGAGUUCAAUUAUUUAUUAUCGAAUAAUGAAAAUAAAUUAUUUGAAGAUUUAAAAGAUGGUAUUCGUUUAACUCGUUGCACACAAAUAUUAUUAGCAUCAACAAAUGAACAUGUUGCAAGAUUUGAUUUAUCAAAUAAAUUAAAAUGUCCAGUAGUUAAUCUUGUUCAUAAAUUACUUAAUAUUGAUCAAGCUUUUGAAUUACUUCAAAACUAUGGAAACGUUAAUCUCACUGGAAUUUCAAAUAAAGAUAUUAUGAAUGGUAACAAACAAAUUACUCUUGAAUUACUCUGGCGUAUAUUUAUUUCCUGUUACUUAUCUAAACAUUUAUCUCCAAUAGACAAAUUAAAUGAAGAAAUAUUUAUUCUCAAAGAAAAUCUAUCGAAAUUUUCAUCUAAUCCAAUUGAACAGCAACUGAUUACGAUUGAUUUAACUCCCUUACAAAAACAACAUGUGGAAUUCACAUCAACAAUUCAUUUAUUAAUUAAAUGGGUUCAAUUGAUUUGUGCACAUUAUAAAUUUUGGCUCUAUGAUUUACAAGAAUCAUUUGCCGAUGGUCGUGCGUUACUCUAUAUCAUUUCAUAUUAUUUACCAUCUUUAUGUGAUUACAAACGUGAUAUAAAACAUGUAACAACAUUAGCAACAUGUCAAACACGUGAUGAACAUAUAGAAUUUAAUCUUGAACUUGGACAACAACAAUUAACAAAUGUUUAUGAACGCAAUGUUAAAUCGAAUUUUCGUUUAUUAGAAGAAUGUAUUAAACAAUUCGGUACAUUUUCAUAUGAUCUUGUUAAAUAUGAAUCCUAUGCUAAAGAUAUACCUGAUGAAAGAUGUACAAUUAUGACUUUAGCUAUGUUUGCAUAUGAAUUAAUUUUUUCAAACAAUAAUAAUAAUGAAAAUAAUUUUCGUCAUCAACAAAUAUUUCAAGAAUUAAAAGAAAAAUACUCGAGUGAUGAUGAAUCAAUAGUUCAUUUGAAGAAAGAAGAAAUAAGAAAUAGCGAAUUAUUGAGCCAACACGAGAUUGAUACUAUUCAAGAUAAUUCAAUGAAUUCUUCUGAAAUUUCAAUGACAACUAAUCCGUUGGAAGAAAAGCCAACAUUUAAACAUUCAAGUCCCUAUGAAACUAAACUUAUCUAUUCUAAUCCUAGAGCUCAGUUUGAAUCAACACCUUCAUCAUUUGAAGAAGAUGAAAAAAAAUUAAUAUUAUUUUCACCAUCAGUUUUGAAUUCAAUGAACUAUGAUAUUCUUGAUCGCCUUGAGUUAUUAUCACAGUUAGAUCACAGUGAUGAAGAUGAUUAUUCAUUUAAUUCAGAAAAAUCGAAUUCAACAACAAGAAUCAAUCAUCAUCAUCAUCAUCGGUCAUCAUUUGCAGCAACAAUGGCAGCAAUAUCAUUACACGAUUUUAUUGAACUAGAAAAAACAAUUGAAAAUGAAGAAAAUAAAACUCCUACGGACACUACAUCUUUAUCUCUUAUGGAUCAAACGAUUUCAUCAGAAGUUGAUAGUGUUGAAUUAAAUAAACUAGAUCAAGUAUCAUUUGUUGAUUCAACCCAUAGAAAGUUAAUUAAAGAAACACUCGCGUUAUUUUUAUCUCAUCAACAGCAUACACUGAGAGAUGAAGAAUCUGUUGGUCAUCAUCGUCGUUCUAUUGAGGAAAUAAAGAACGAACAACAUACAGAAGCUGAACGUGAAAUAAAUGCUGCACAAAUUUUUCAAGCUUAUUGGCGUGGACGUCAAGUUCGACUUAAUAAUGAACUAAAUCAUCAUUCUGUUGUUGCUAUUCUCGAAAAACUUCGUUCAUACAAUUCAAUAGAUUGCUCAUCAUUAACAUUACGUGAACGUCUAAUCCAAAUCGUACAAGAAUAUUCUGAAUCAUCAGCAUCAAGCCUUACUGGUCAUUUACAAUUUUUAAACGAUAUAGAACCAAUAAUAAUUUACAGUCUUGAAAUACGUUGUUUAAUAGCUGAACAAGGUUUAUUACGUUUAUUUUUUAUUUUGAUGAGAUGUUGCAAUCGUAGUGAACCAUCAACUAUUUUACUUCUUAAAGUAUUGAAUAUUUUGCAAUUAUUUACUAUUAAACAUUAUCUUAUUAUGAAAUUAAUUGAUAAAUCUGAACAUAUAAAAGAUUGUAUAAGGCUUUUAUUGAAAUUUUAUCAAAACAAUGACUGUGAAUUAUUUGCACAAAUUUGUUUUCUUUUUCAAACUAUUGUAAAUGAUGAAGAAGCUCGAAAAAUACUACGAUCAAAUAAAUCCUUUACUCAAACAAUCGUCUACAUUUAUAAACGUAUAUUUAACAAAAUAACAAUUGAAGAUGAAAAACAUCGACAACAAGUACGAUCAACGCCAAAACAAUCAACUGGAUCAAUAAAACGCCCAAAUACUAUAUUAAAUCAAUCAUCGAUUCUGUAUCAAACUCCGAAAAACACGCAUCGAUCAAUAUCGUCCAAUCAAAAUGAGAAUAUGUUUAAACGAAAUCUUGUGUCUAUUGAACAAUUCAUGAAUUUUUUUUAUCGUGAUUAA